GACCCGGAUACCUUACUGGAUCGAAGACCGACGAUAUUGGUGCUCUAUUCAACUUCCAUGAUAUCUGCCGCGAUCUCUAUCCCAAGUUGUGUGUGAUCAGUACAGGGUACAACGUAUGGAAUAUUGGAAAGAGCGUGUUAUCCAAGCAUUUCGGGGAGCUUCCGGUUACGGUGCACCUCCGAGGCCUCCCGUCUUGAAGGCUUUGACUCAGCUGACAGAGAAUUAUGGCUCCGAGUCUGUCGAGAUUGAAGAGGUUGAAUCUACUAGAGGCCCCAGGCUGUUGUAUCUUCCAGUCAAUCCAUGGGAUUAAUUUGAAGCUGUUGCGAAACAGCACCGAAAACUUCACCAUCCGAACAAUAUGGGGUGGUUGGAGCCGUGAUGUCAAGCAUGGGCCUUCUCUGGGGAAAGGCGUCCAUGUCCUUUUCAAAGUCCUAUACGGUGGAUGUCAUCUUGCAGCAUGGAACUCAUUCUUUCCCACUCAAGCUGAACAGUGGGUAUGGAGAGGUUCUGCCUUGUUUCUCACCAUGGUCCCAAUAUGGGGAGCACUGUGGAUUCUAUGGUGGCAAGGCGUACGUUCACAGCGGAGGGCACUGUAUCUGAUCAAGGACGAGGAACUUGAUAUCAUUGCAAGUCCGUUUUUCUUUACAUUUUAGUCGCUUAUACUUUGGCGAGAUGUUUCUUUCUUGUUGAAGCUCUUAUCAGUCUGCGGCUAUUGCCUUCAGAAGCAUACU